CAGUAACUUAAAUGUACCGUACCAGCAACAGCGCUUCACGUGUUCCAAAAAGGCACCCGAGGGGAACCGUCGAUCUUGCGUAGUUCCACUUCCUGCAAACGAGACACGGGACAUUGUCAAAGCUCACUCCAAACCGGUGUCCCUGACACUUCCACAUCGCAAUCAACUCGUCUGGUGGCAGACGAAAAAACUCACACACUUCCGGGAAAAGCAUUGUUGCAAGGCAUACGAUGGGUUGUGCGUCGUCGACCGAAGUUGUUACGGAUCACACGGGAGCAGAACAGAAAAAGAAAAAGUUGGGCGGGGCCUACCCGGGCCAGCGUCGCCCGCAGCAUCAAACGUACGUUCCGCCGACCUCCGAGUUCGACCACAACGGCCAGGCUGUGGCGCACUUUGUCGCGUACGGAGGCGGCAACGCUCUGACGCUGGUACAACAAGAUGGAUCCGCUCAUCCCCAAAGCGGCAAAGCGGAGUCUCAAUUUGUUCAAGUUACUCUACCCAGUGGAGUCAGCGCCGGCCAAACUAUUCACGUGCAGGCCCCGGAUGGUCAAGUGAAUGCCAUUGUCAUUCCCGCCGGAUUCGGGCCUGGCUCAACCUUUACUGUAGAGUUUGCACCGGAAGGAGAGACGUCUCCUCAAGGCAAGACCAACGCAGUUCCUCCCUCCUCCGGACAGACUCAAAAUACCAGUACAGGCGACGACGAGAUUUGCGACUUCGUUCGGAAACCCUAA